UGACUGACUUUGAAGAUGGCCAGUUCGACGACGCUCCCGACGACGAGUACGGUCGUAUCGACGAUGAAGAGCUUGUCGACUUGACUUCAGAUGACGACUUGGAUGAUUCUGAUGAGUAUGAAGAGUAUGAUCAUGUCCGAGUCGAGGACGAAGACUGGGAGGUUGCAGAGAAAGGUAUAUAGACUUGAUUAACUCUCAAGGAUUGCUUACAUGGCCUGUUAGAUUUUACAAAACAGUACAAUCGUCUAAGGCAACACCUUGCAGUUCGGUCGGGAUCCGCAACGACGACAUCUACGACGACCAGGCCUGCAGGCGGCAAAGGGAGCAAUGUUGCUGUUCUCCCGGCUGUCAAUCACCCUUCUCAGUCGACGGCAGUUCGCAAGGCAACGACGACGGUUUCGAAGGACCAAACAGCCUCGCAACUGGCCCUGCUCUCUUCAAAGUAUGGCUCACGAAUCGCUAAUAUGGACCAUAGUCUGGGUGUGGGUGUGAACAGAAAAGGCGCAUCUGCCCACGCGAACCUCAAAGAUAAAGCUGAUCGUGCGACGACGGAGCAGGUGCUGGAUGCACGGACGCGUGUCGUGUUGCUGAAGAUGGUGGGCCGGGGCGUGGUCGCAGAAAUCAACGGCUGCGUGAGCACAGGAAAGGAAGCCAAUGUCUAUCACGGUGUUGCCCAUGAACCUGUCGAGCGUGAACUCGCCCUCAAGAUCUACAAAACAUCUAUUCUCAUCUUCAAGGACCGCGACCGGUAUGUCGCUGGGGAGCAUCGUUUCCGGAGGGGCUACGCUCGGCACAACCCACGGAAGAUGGUCCGUAUGUGGGCAGAGAAGGAGAUGCGCAAUUUGAAGAGGCUGAGGGCGGCCGGGGUCAGGUGUCCUGAGCCAGUCGAGGUCCGGGAGAACGUACUGGUCAUGGACUUUUUGGGUGAAGCUUCACAAGCGAGUCCACGACUGAAGGACGCAGAGUCGGAUGCGUGGGAUGACCUCUAUGUCGAGCUAAUGCUCACGAUCAGAACAAUCUACCACCAAUGUCGCCUGGUGCAUGCCGAUCUAUCAGAGUACAACUUACUACUGCACCAAGAUCAUAUCUGGAUUAUCGAUGUUGGGCAGAGCGUCGAGCACGACCAUCCGAGUGCGUUUGAUUUUCUGCGGAGUGAUCUGAGCAACGUUGAAGUGUUUUUCGGGAGGCGAGGGGUGACCGUGCUGGGGCUGAGGAGGUCUUUUGGGUGGGUGACUAACGAGGAGGAAAAUGAGGAGACGCUGAGGAAACUGAUGAGUGAGCCGGAGGAGAAGGAUCUCGAUGAUGGCGCCUUCAAGCACACGUAUAUCCCGCGGAGAUUGGAUGAUGUGUAUGAUCCAGAGCGGGAUAUUGAGGAGGGGCGGGUGCGGGAGGCGGUAGCAGCUGCGCCGGGUGACGACGAGCAGGUGGCAGAUGACGACGAGGGAUCAGUGGGUGACAACCCGGAGGAUAUUGAUCGGGAAAAGCGCCCUCGGGGCCAUAGGCACGAAGACCGCGACGCAAAAAAGGAGCGCAAAAAAGCUGUCAAGGCAGAGGCCCGGGAAAGACGCGUUCAGAAAAAGGAGCGUAAGAAAGCAGCGGGCCAUUGACAUCCAUUAGUGGAAGAGCAUACUAUUAUCUGCUGCAUUUCCACUUCCUGUAAUACCUGCAAAAAUACGCUAUGACAUCAGGAAAAAGGUUUUUGCUACGUAGCACUGACUAUGAGUGUCUUUAUUGGACAGAAGAUGAUAUUUUGUGUGAUGCACUGUGAAUAAUGCUGUAACCGUGUGUUUUUGACUUAUUCCAGGUGUAUAACAAAGAAAGUGGAUGAUAUUCUAUGAUUGCUUUGUUAAUGUAGUAUGUGAUGUCUGAAAUAGGCAUUUGUUGAGGUAUCCUAUCGGGCCGGCACUUCCACAUGAGGACGACGCCAGUAAAUACGUACAUAUAGUAGUUACGUGGCAUUUUUCUUACAGCGGUUUUCAUAAUUAUGUGGAAUCCCGAUUUUGAAAAAUUAUGUGG